AUGGGUAUAUGUGAGUCUAUGCGCCAAAUAGGCAUGUGGAAUGAUUAUAAAGAAAAUAACUGUCUGGACACACCUCUGCCAGUUAUUCUGGAGGUCGACUCUGGAUUUGGCAACCUGUCAGAGGAUACUUCACAUGGAACGGUAGGACCUUCCAAUAAAUACGAUCAAGAAGUGAGUAAAACGAAUGAUAAGCAACUGAGACGCCUAGCCCAGAACCGCGAGGCUGCUCGCAAAUGUCGUCUGCGGAAAAAGGCUUAUGUUCAGCAAUUAGAAAAUAGUAAAUUGAGACUUAUGCAGUUAGAACAGGAGCUUGAACGGGCUAGACAACAGGGACUGUAUAUAGGUGGUGGAUUAGAUACUGGUCAGCUAGGCUAUUCAAGAACUACAAACCCAGGUAUUGCUACCUUUGAAAUGGCGUAUGGACACUGGGCGGAAGAACAAAAUAAGAAAACCGAUGAUUUGAGGAAUGCUUUGUGUUCUGCCAUUACAGAUUUGGAAUUGAGGAGUUUUGUUGACGAUGGCAUGAACCACUAUUUGAAUCUCUUUGCUAUGAAAGAAACAGCCGCAAAGGCUGAUGCAUUGUAUCUUAUGUCUGGCAUGUGGGAAACAUCAGCUGAACAUUUUUUAUCGUGGAUUGGGGGCUUUCGGCCAUCAGGGCUUUUAAAGGUUCUCAUGCCACAUCUUGACUCCUUAACUGAGAAACAACAUUUGGAGCUUUCUAACCUUAGACUAUCAUGUCAGCAAGCAGAAGAUGCUUUGUCACAGGGAUUGGAGAGACUCCACCAAAUUCUCUCCGAGACUGUAGCAGAUUGUAAACUGGGGGAAGGGAACUACCUCCCUCAGAUCAAUGCUGCAUUGGAGAAAUUAAAAGCUAUGGUGAGGUUUGUGGGCCAGGCAGAUCAUCUUCGCAAAGAAACAUUGCUACAGAUUUCUCGCAACCUUACCACUCGCCAAGCAGCUCAGGGCCUCCUUGCUCUAGGGGAGUAUUUUCAACGCCUUCGGGUUCUAAGUUCUCUUUGGACUUCUCGUUCUCGUGAAUCUUCCUAA